AUGGCGCUCCAACGGCUUUCGCUUCUUGCGAUGACCCUACCUUUGGCUGCGUCAUUCCAGAACACCUCACCUUUCUUCCUCCUCUCUACCAACCAGAUACCUGUAUCUUCUCUGGACAGUAUCCCCCUCCAGUCCGGCUCAUCGGUCCUCUCGUCCACCAAAGACGUGCUCUCAACCUGUCCAUCCGAUACAUAUAUCCUGAUCAGCCAGCCCGGUACAUCUCCUUUAGACUUUACCGACGGUGAUGCGACCCCUCACCUCCGAAAGCUCCUUCAGAAAGAUACGGAUCGAGUUCGGUCUUCAGCGACUAUACCCAAUGUUCUCGGAAGCGUAGAUGUCAACGAGCUAGCACAGUGGUUAUCUCAGAAAUGCCAUGCUCGAAUUGAUGAUAUUGAUGUAAAUGCCUACAUCUCUCCGAGCCAAAGUGAGCUGCCUCGUGUCAUUAAAGCGGAGUUUCCCAUGCUCCCCGUCGAUGAAUUCCGAGCAGGCAAGCUUUCAUCUUAUGACUCCUUCUUACAUUCCCUGCUUUCCACAUUCGAAAACCAAUCCCUCACACUUUUAUACACGACAACUCCCCCUCCGGCAUCCUACGUCCCAUCCCAAGAGAAUCUCUCCCCGACAUAUGAGAUGGAUGAUCCUUUCGCAUCCGUGCUCCACGAGGAUUUGAGGCGGGAUGUUUCUGCUCACGAUUCAGAGGGCACCCUCCCUGAAGGCGGACUAUUCGAGCGAUAUCAAUUUUUCAGUCCUGCAAUCUUUAUGACCCUUAUUGUCAGCAUUCUCUUGUUGCUCGUCCUCUACAUCGCAAUUUCUGCCCUUUCGGGCCUGCAGGUUUCAUACUUCGCAUUUAGCAAAGAGAUGGGCCCGAGUGGCUACAAGAAAAUCCAGUGA